AUGGUGAUUGUGCCUUUUGACGUUUUGUUGAUGGUGUUGCCAGGAAGAUCAUAGACUGAGACUCGAGACUCCAUUUCAAAGUCAAAGACAGAAGUCAGUGUACCCACGACAUUCUGAGACAAAACAAUGGAGGAAUUCAAUGCUGAAGAGGUACCUCCUUUAGAGGACAUGAGUGAGCUUCUGGAACAAGCUCAUCAACUACAGAAAAUGAAGGAGAAAAAGGGCGUGGUUUCAUCUUCAUCAUCAUCAUCCUCAAUUAAAUCAUCAUCAGUCCAUUGUUCUCCAAAAGUUGAAGAAAAACCCCAGAGCCAGAGGGUAACACAGGAAGCUACAAAACAGGAAACAGAGACUGAGAAGACACCACCUCAGACCAACAAAUCAGCUUCCUCUAAAGCCAAGUCCUUUGGAGGCCUGAAAAAAGGAUUUCUCUUUGGUUCUGCACCCAAAUCAUCUGGAAAAGCUUCUUCACAAACUUCUAAACAGCGCCGUCUCGUAGAGCCAUCAAACAAGGCCCAGACAGCUGUAUCAGGUGAAGGUCUUGAAGAUAUUCCGCUCAUCAAACCUCAAGGUGAUGGUGCACAGAACGGAGCACAGAGGAUCCAGGAGGUUCAGGAUGCACUGAAGGCCAGUGCUCCGUUUCUUGAAAACAAAGACUGGGUGAACGACGAUCUUCUGUCAAAGAUUGAGAAACAUCCUCGUUUGGCACGACAGCUGUCAGAUCCUCGUUUCAGCCAGGCAAUGUCCAUGUUCCAGUCCAACCCACAGGGUGCAAUGAAGUACUUCCAAGAUAACCCAGAAAUUCAGACCUUCUUUCAAGACUUCUGUGCAAUUCUAGGGGAUCAUUUUACUGGUCUCAGUUCCACAUCAUCAAACCAACCUUCUCCGUCAGUCCCCAAGGUGACUCCUGUCCAAGAAGUCAAAGUUCAUGAUAGUCCAGGUGCAGACAUGAGCGUGUCCAGCAGUACCGACCCCAAGCAAGCAACGGCUGCAGAUGAAGCCAAGAUGAAGGAGAUCAUGGCUGAUCCUGAUGUCGUCAAAGCUUUCGGUCAUCCGCAGAUACCCCUUCUCUUUGAGGCGCUACAGAAGAACCCUGAUCUAGCUCAAAGGAUGAUGCAAAGUGCAGAUGCUGACUUCAGACGGCACGUACAAACGUUGGUGAAGAAAGGACUUCUGGGGUUUGCAAGGUGACAAGAUGGACUUCA